CGUCCCCAGGGUCUGUCCCCACCGUCCCUGGGCCAGCCGGGUGCGGCGCCCCCAUCCCCGCCCUGUCUCCACAGGGCGGCCGCCAUGGUGGGCGCGCAGCAGCCGGAGCUGGCGGCGGGGCGGGCGGCGGCGGCGGGCGGCGGGGAGCACCCCUACGAGUGCCUGGAGUGCGGGAAGGUGUUCAAGUGGUCGUCGCGGCUCAUCCACCACCAGCGCACCCACACGGGCGAGCGGCCCUACAAGUGCUCCGAGUGCCCCAAGGCCUUCAAGGGCUCCUCGGCACUGCUCUACCACCAGCGCAGCCACACGGGCGAGCGGCCCUACAAGUGCUCCGAGUGCGGCAAGGCCUUCAAGCGCUCCUCGCUGCUGCAGAUCCACCAGAGCGUGCACACGGGGCUGCGCGCCUUCAAGUGCGCGCUCUGCGGCAUGGCCUUCAAGUGGUCCUCGCACUACCAGUACCACCUGCGGCAGCACACGGGCGAGCGGCCCUACAAGUGCACCGCCUGCCCCAAGGCCUUCAAGAACUCCUCCAGCCUCCGCCGGCACCGCCACAUCCACACGGGCGAGCGGCCCUACGUCUGCGCCGCCUGCGGCAAGGCCUUCACCCAGUCCACCAACCUGCGUCAGCACCAGCGCACCCACACGGGCGAGCGGCCCUACGCCUGCGCCCACUGCGGCAAGACCUUCACCCACUCCUCCAACCUCCUCCUGCACCAGCGCACCCACGCCGCCACCAGGCCCCGCAAGUGCCCGGCCUGCCCCAAGGCCUUCGUCUCGGACGCCUGCCUGCAGAAGCACCUGCAGAGCCACGCCGCACCGCCCCCGCCGCAGCCCCCGCCGCUGCUGCUGGAGGCGGUGGAGGCGGUGGGGAUGCUCUGGAAGUGCGGCGAGUGCCAGCUCGCCUUCCCCAGCCAGGAGCUGCUGCUGGGCCACCAGCGCGGCCACCUCCGGCCCGGGACGCCGGGGGACGCGGCGACAGCGGCGGCCCACCGCUGCCCCACCUGCGGCAAGACCUUCAAGAACGGCUCGGGGCUGGCACGGCACCGGCACAGCCACGCCGCCGAGCGGCCCUACAAGUGCUCGCUGUGCCACAAGAGCUUCGGGCAGCUGGCCGGGCUGCUGGGCCACCAGCGCGGCCACUCGGCCGAGCAGCGCCCACCACCGGCGCAGUCGGAGGCGCCGCGGCCCCCCCCGGCCCUGGCCGCAGUCCCGGCCCCGGCUGAGCGCCCCUACCAGUGCACCGAGUGCGGCAAAGCCUUCAAGGGCUCCUCGGGGCUGCGUUACCACAUGCGGGACCACACGGGCGAGCGGCCCUACAAGUGCUCCGAGUGCCCCAAGGCCUUCAAGCGCUCCUCGCUGCUCGCCAUCCACCAGCGGGUGCACACGGGGCUGCGCGCCUUCAAGUGCGCCGAGUGCGGCCUCACCUUCAAGUGGUCGUCGCACUACCAGUACCACCUGCGGCUGCACACGGGCGAGCGGCCCUACGCCUGCCCCGACUGCCCCAAGGCCUUCAAGAACACCUCGUGCCUCCGCCGGCACCGGCAGCUGCACACGGGCGAGCGGCCCCACGCCUGCCCGGUGUGCGGCAAGGCCUUCGCGCAGACCUCCAACCUGCGCCAGCACCAGCGCACCCACACGGGCGAGCGGCCCUACGCCUGCGCCCACUGCGGCAAGACCUUCACCCACUCCUCCAACCUCCAGCUCCACCAGCGCACCCACUCCAGCGCCCGCCCCCACCAGUGCCCGCUCUGCCCCAAGGCCUUCGUCAUGGCCUCCUACCUCCAGCGCCACCUCCGCACCCACGCCGCGGGCCCCAAGGGGCCCCCCCGCGCCGCCCCCCGCGACGUCCCCGUCCUGCAGGCCACCCUCAGCCUGGAGGUGGCGGCCCCCGACGCCCAGACCUUCCUGCUGGUGCAGACGGCGCAGGGCCUGCAGCUCAUCCCCAGCCCUCCGCCUCCCCCCCAGAAGCUCAUCCUGCUCCCCGCUGCCCCCCGGCAGCCCCCCGAGCCCACCCCACGCCGGGGGGAGCCUCCGGGCCCUGGGCAGAGCCUCCUGCUGAUGCCCAGCACGGGGACGGCCCUGCCUGGGCUGCGGCUGCAGGCGGUGACCGGCACCCCGCAGGGCCCGGGGCCCGGCGUCCUCGUCCUGCAGGGCCUCCCUGAGCAGCCCCCGCGCCAGGCAGGUGCCCCCCAGGGCCAGGCAGCAGCAGAGGGGGUGAGCGUCCGGCUGGGAGCCCUGCCGCAGCCCUCAGAUGUCGCCAGCAUCCAGCUCCAGGCCACCGAGGUGGCCAAUGUCCAGCUGCAAGCCCUGCCGCAGCCCUCGAAGGUCACCAACAUCCAGCUCCAGGCCACCGAGGUGGCCAACGUCCACCUCCAAGCCUUGUCGCAGCCCUCUGAGGUGGCCAACGUCCAGCUCCAGGCCCUGCCGCAGCCCUCAGAGGUCACCAACAUCCACCUGCAGGCCACCGAGGUGGCCAAUGUCCACCUCCAAGCCUUGUCGCAGCCUUCUGAGGUGGCCAACAUCCAGCUCCAGGCUGCUGAGGUGACAAAUGUCCACCUCCAAGCCCUGCCACAGCCCUCGGAGGUCGCCAGCAUCCAGCUGCAGGCCACCGAGGUGGCAGACGUCCAGCUGCAGGCCCUGCCGCAGCCCCCAGAUGUCACCAGCAUUGAGCUGCAGGCCGCCGAGGUGACAAACGUCCACCUCCAAGCCCUGCCACAACCCCCGGGGGUCACCAACAUCCAGCUGCAAGCCAGCGAGGUGGCAAACGUCCAGCUCCAAGCCCUGCCGCCACCCCCAGAGGUGACCAACAUCCAGCUCCAGGCCCUGCCGCAACCCGCGGAUGUCACCGACAUCGAGCUGCAGGCCACUGAGGUGGCCAACGUCCAGCUCCAAGCCCUGUCACAGCCCUCAGAGGUCACAAACAUCCAGGUCCAAGCCCUGCCGCAGCCCUCGGAGGUGACCAGCAUCCAGCUCCAGGCUGCCGAGGUGCCCAGCGUCCACCUCCAGGCCGCGGAGGUGACCGAUGUCCAGCUGCAGGCCACCCAAGUGACCAACGUCCAGCUCCAAGCCCUGCCGCAGCCCUUGGAGGUGCCCGGCGUCCAUCUCCAGGCCGCGGAGGUGCCCGACAUCCAGCUGCAGACCUCAGACGUGACCAGUGUCCAUCUGGAUACCGCCGAGGUGCCCAACAUCCAUCUGGAGACCGCCGAGGUGCCCAGCAUCCACCUCCAAGCCGCCGAGGUGGCCAACGUCCAUCUUCAAGCCACUGAUGUGGCCAGCGUCCAGCUCCAGGCCACCGAGGUGCCCAACAUCCAUCUCCAGACCACCGAGGUGCCCAACCUCCAGCUCCAGGCCACCGAGGUGCCCGGUGUCCAUCUCCAAGCCACCGAGGUGCCCAACCUCCAGCUCCAAGCCACCCAAGUCCCGAGCGUCCAGCUCCAGACCCUUCCGCAGCCCCCGGAGGUGCCCAACGUCCAUCUUCAGCCCGCGGAGGUGCCCGACAUCCAGCUCCAAGCCAUGGAGGUGCCCAACCUCCACCUCCAGGCCACUGAGGUGCCCGCUGUCCACCUGCAGGCCGUGGAGGUGCCCCCGGUCCACCUGCAGCCCUCGGCGGGGGCACACCCCACGCCGCAGCCCCCCGGGGUGCCGCUGGCGGGGGGCCCUCCAGCGCCGGAGGUGCUGCUGGUGCAGGGGGGGGCAGCGCCGGCCGUGGGGCUGGGGGUGCUGCAGACGGCCGAGGGGCUGCGGAGCAUCUUGGUGCUGCGGGGGGCGGGCGCCCAGCCCUCGGCCGGUCCCCCUGCAGGACCCCCCAAAGUUCUGGUCCUGAGGGGGGAGCCCCGGCGGGGGGGGGCAGCGGGCAGCGAGGUGGGGGCGCAGGCUGUGGUGCAGCUGCUGCCCGGCCCCCCGGCCCCCCAGCUGCCGGCGGUGCAGGGGGUGCAGGCGCUGCCGGGGGCGCAACUGGUGCACACCUUCUGAGGGGGGCAAGCGGCACGGACCCCACGGCCACCGCGGCCACCCUGCUGCCCCCGGGGUGGCCACGCGGCACCCCCAGGGCCACCGCAGCCCCCACAUGGCCCCCACUACGUGGCCACCUCACAGCCACCUCGCUGCCACCCCAUG